AUGAGAAACGGGUUGUCACAAGGAAUGGAUGAGAAGAAGGAGGAUUGUUUGCACAAUGGAAUAGGAAAAAAAUGUGGUGGAGAUGAAGCGGUUGAAGAUGAAGCACUUGAAGAUGAAGCAGUUGAAGAUGAAGCAGUUGAAGAUGAAGAGGUUCAAGAUGAAGAGGUUGAAGAUGAGGCAGCUGAGCAGAGAGCGAUUGAAGAGGACCUGUGGAGUAACACACAAGACGAAGGGAGUGGUGAAAAGAAAACACUUCGCACAAAAAUAAGAGAACUUGAAAGUGCAAUAAAAGGAAAGAUUGUGAAACUUCAAAAGGAGUUGAAGGAAUCGAAGGAGAAUGAAAAAAUUCAUGAAUUCGACUUUGCUGAUAUUUUAAACGAAUUUAAGGAUGAAAUUACAAAAAGAAUUAAUGAAGUUAGUCAAAUCAUUGAAAAGAAAAUAGAAGAACAGAAUCUUAAACACACCAAGUUGUUUAAUAUGCUUAUUUCUCUAAAAAAUGAAAAUUCUAAAAUUAACAAAUCCUUAACUAUAUUGAAUGAUAAAAUUCAUGUCAUCCAAGGGGAAAUUGGUGAUUAG